GUCGCCUGCGCUCAGUACAGGAGGUUUUGAGCUUGCUUCUGGUUUUAUUAUUUUCCAAGACACCGGCCGACUUUGCGGUUUUCCAAUAUAAUCGAUGGCCAAGCAUUCUUCUUUCCAGAGAGUUUAUUUUGAUUUCACUCGUAGACUGCUGUAUUGCACAGAACAGACUACUAGCUAGUAGAAAAGCACCAUGGCUCACCAAAACGCAACAACGGCUCCUCCACACCCUUGCUCCUCUACGUGGCCCUCUCCUCUGGCCAUGGCGCCUCCUCAUGUCCCGGUGGUUCCGGCACCCGCCCUUCAGCGUUCGUAUCAGAUUCCUGGCUACAACGACUUUGCCGAGGUCCGGUUGGACAUGGAAGACGAGUCGAUUGCCAGUCUCUUGGCCGCCACUCCUCUUCAGUUGGCGCAGCGCUGCAAGUCCUCUGAUCUCGUCUUUCCGCAGAAGAUUCACAUGCUGCUCACCGCUUCUGAGCGAGAUCCGGAGCUUCAGAGUAUCGUCUCCUGGAAGGUCCAUGGCCGGGCCUUUGCCGUUCACGACCGCAAGCGCUUCCUCAAGGAGGUCCUGCCAGAAUGGUUCCUUCAGUCUCGCUUUGAGAGUUUCCAAAGGCAGCUUAACUUGUAUGGCUUCAAGCGGAUCACUACUGGGCCUGACAGAGGAGCCUGCUACCAUGAGCUGUUCCUCCGUCAAAAGCCUCUCUUAGCCACCCGCAUCCAACGCAUCAGGUUGAAAGGCAAGGGCCCUCGAAAGCCUGCUAAACCAGAGAACGAACCAAACUUCUACAGAAUGACGCUUCUACCUACCCACGAAAUGGUGGCAAAGAGACAAACGUGCAAUAACAUGUACUAUGCUGCAUCGGUGGCGCCACCCGUAGCUCAAGACACAUCUCCAAUCACUCCUCAACUGAGCAGCACUGCCUUCACGACGAAUCCUACUACUAGAUCAAGUUUGGCUCUUCCAGGUCCCCCACUGCCCCAUCUUAUGCCAAAGCCGGCCAGCGGCAUGGCACAAGCUGUUCGAGCCAAUCCCAAUGGACUAUGUGCCAUGAUGCUCAGACCCGUCACAAGGAACGUCGAAACGGCGCAGGCGGUGGCGCCUCCUCAAGAUGUCGUCGUUCCAUACAAGGCCAUCUCCUACAUGUACAAUACUACUGCUCCUCCUCCGCCUGCUCCUCCAAGUAACACUACCCGGAUGGUCCACCCCCAAGGUGCCGCCACCACACUGGCAAUGUACCAGCCAUACACAUCGGCUGUUACUGCGGCUCAGGCGGCUGUUAUUAGUCAUCCUCCGUCCCCCGUGACUUCUCCAGCCGCCCCUGCUGCACAGUGUGUCCCCUUUCCCAUGAUUCACAAUCCCUUGCGAGCACCUCCCGCUACUACCAGACGGGUCUCUUCCGUCUGCAGUACCGGUAGCCCCAAGCCACUUCCCGCUGCUGCCACUCAGCUGCAGCUUGCCCCUCAAGCAAAUAAUGCACCAGCGGCACAACAGCUGGUGCCAAGGUGUGUCUCCCAAAACACUCUCGAGGGCACCUCUGGUGGUCAACCUAUCCAAGCCAAUGAUCCAGUGGCGGCGGCACGUGCUGCUUUCCUCGCUGAGACCACAGAGCAAACCAUGGUGGCUCCUGCUGCCUCCGACUACAAGGAAGGAGCGGAGGAAACACAAGGAGGAGGAGACGAUGAUGAUUUUGCACACGAUGAUUUUGCACACAUUCUCUUUGAAUUGGCCAAUAGCUAAAUCAGUCAUCCCAUUACAUUCAAGAUGCAUUCUUCAAGACACAAGAUGCACGCAUUCUCAAGAUACACCCACUCUAUAGGAAGGGCGGAGCCAAGGCCUGCCACUUGCUUCCUUCGUGCACCAGACCUACCUUAGACUAGCCACCCAACGUACAAAUACGGCGAUUUUCCCUUCAAGGAGGUCUGCAUGCUUUCAUUCAUUCAUUCAUUGUUCACGUCAACACUUCCCCCUUCUCUUCUCUCUUUCAUCACUGGACUUUCAUCAACUAUUACCCCUUUCCUCUCCUAUCAAUCACCAUCGCAAAAGACAACCAUCAAGCCACUGCACCUCUACUCACGCGGUUGUCAAAAGCACACAAGACACAACAGAGCACAAAUAAUUAACUAACUAACUAACUAUUGCAGCUGUAAUAAAAGUUAAAAGUUCAGGUGUAGUACAAGUCUAACACGGAA